AUGCCGUCGCGGGCUGCGCAUAACCCGUCGGUCCACCCAUCAGCGAGCCCGCUUGGUGUCCAACCUAGCUCACUCCCGAUUCGCAUACCGACGGCGGAAGACCCUCGCUCAUAUCAUUCACGAAAUGUCGAGACGAACCCCAGGACGACCGAUUUUCCGGUCUUCUCCCCGCCCACUUCCCCGCCCUACCGCCGAGGGCAUUCGCGCUCGAUAAGCCAACCCUUUGCGUCACUUUCCGCGGCGGGGAAGCGCCGGAAUAGAUCGAUAUCCAAGGAAGUUACGCUGGAUACCGACGACGACGACGACGACGAUGAUGACGACGAUAUCUACUUGCCGAACCCUGUUUCCUCGAGCCCUCGUAAAGGCCCGCCGCGGGUACCUCCAAAGGACGACUUGAUAACGGGCAAGUGUAUGACAUGCAACAAUACGGUACGGUGGCCACGGAACUUGAAAGUGUUUCGUUGUACUGAGUGUCUGACGGUGAACGAUUUGGAACCGUACCAAGAGACGAGAAACCUCGGGAGCCAUGGGCUGGGAAAGGAUGCAAACCCCCCUCCCCAGGUAAUAACGAGGAAAGCUAUCCCACUGACUGUUGAACGGACAAUGGCCAUUCUUGAUCGAUGCAUCUCUACUUACCUUCGGCAACGUUUAGAGCCACCAGUAGCGCCCUCAAAGGACGGAUCUGGCGAAUUUCCCGCCGGGCAGAAUGAGAAUCGGGUUGAAUCCACUACCAGAUCACCCGAACGUCUACCUGUUCCUCAACGUCCAAGAAUGGCGCGUGGUCGCAGUGCGUCAUCGUCAGAUCCACACGGCAAGGAUGAUGCUGGGAAUGGACAUAUUGGGAGCUCGAGCUACCCGAGAACUACCUUCGCACCUCCUCCUCCACCGCCUAAAGAUGGGAUAGACUUUCGGAAUACGCCUGGAAACCCUAAACCGGGGGAACUGAGUCGGCCACGCGAAAGUGGAAAGAAGGAGAGGCAUCCCUACGUUUUCCGAGAGCUUGAGGACUAUAUCAUAUCAGGCUUCAAAGGCUGCGAUACUCUAAAUGCGUCCUUCAAAACUGCCCAUGCCCUUCACCGUGAUGCUCCAGACAUUGGUCACACUGAGCACGAUACAGAGCGAAGCGCCAAACAAGUACAUGUGGACCCGAUUAUCGAGCUGGAUCCCAAAACACUCAUGGUAGGGGAUUUAGUCGAGAACUCGUCUUGGUGGGGGCCUGACAAGGAACCAAUUACCGGGCCUAAUCAUACCCAACCAAGGCACAAACACUCAAGAACAGUCAGCUCUAGAAACCCUCGGAUCAAUUGGGCUGAGCUCGAUCGGUGGUAUCAGUUGAUAAUGACGGCCGGAACGGCAUGGAUUGAGAAAUGGUCGGCAAUGGAACCUACAAUUGGACACGGGAAUCGCGCUACUGUCGAGGCAUGGCGUAUGGCAGACUUGGGCGCAAUUGAAGCGGAGGUCGUCGAAUCGCGUGUACACUUACACCGGACGUUACUGAAAGCCACCGAGAACCUUCUUAAACGACCUCGGCGACCGUUGAAGAAGCCAGACGACAUUCGGUUUCUUCUGAUACUACUGGGAAACCCACUGAUAUAUCCACUUAACCCUGCGUUAGCCAGUCUCACGGUGCCUCAUGGGCUCUUGCGGCCAGGGGAAACUAGUAAUCGACCGGCUGUGGGCAGCAAACCACUUCCUCCGCGAAAUCAGGGCCCUGGAACCAGUCACCAUCCUGGAAUCGUCAAGCGCAUUGUGGGGUUACUCGCCAACCUACCGUGUGACUGCCAUCACUAUCUUGUCUCUUGGUUUUCACGCUUUUCACUACCGCAGUUUGAGAAAAUCGUGGAACUUGUAGGCAGGUUUGUAACCUACCGGCUAUGUCGUCAACAUCGUCGCCGAAAGAGUGAAGCAACAAAAGAAGACCACUACCUGAUUCCCAGCUUUUCCAACGCAGCCAUGACCAACAAUCCAUCGGAGCUACACGCCGCCAUCAGCGGGAGGAGCCAAAAUAAGCAGGCGAAAGAUAAGCGCGAUGUGCCCAUGUUAUACAGUGACGACUGGCAAGUCCGUGCUGCAGGCCGAGUUAUGGCACUGCUGUUUACUGCAAAUAACACAGAUAUCACUCGGAAGUCGGGUUCUCAUGGCCAAGAUCCAGCCCAUGUGCCCAGGCAGCAAGGGACUGAGCGCGGCCACAUGGUCCCCAUCAGUUCAUUCUACAAUACAAGGCUCGACUACUCAAACCUUGUGAUUGCGGAUUUUGAGGCCUGGGAGUCGAAAACAACCAAAUUCACGUUCUGCCAGUACCCUUUCUUCCUUAGUAUCGGCGCAAAGAUCCAGAUCCUGGAACACGAUGCCCGUCGACAGAUGGAAGUCAAGGCCCGUGAAGCGUUUUUCAGCAGCAUACUGACUCGCAAGGCUGUGAGCCAGUACUUUGUGCUCAGAGUUCGCCGCGACUGCCUAGUUGAAGAUAGUCUCCAGCGUGUCAGCGAGGUUCUUGGAUCUAGCCCUGAAGAGAUGAAGAAAGGGCUACGGAUAGGAUUUGUUGGUGAAGAAGGCGUUGACGCGGGUGGUCUUCGAAAAGAAUGGUUUUUGCUGCUUGUGCGUGAGGUGUUUGAUCCGCAUCACGGGCUGUUUGUCUAUGAUGAGGACUCUCAGUAUUGCUAUUUCAAUCCGUACUGCCUCGAAUCUGCUGAGCAAUUUUUCCUGGUUGGAGUUGUGCUUGGACUCGCCAUCUAUAACUCUAUCAUUCUUGAUAUUGCCCUGCCGCCGUUUGCAUUUAAGAAGCUGUUGGCAGCAGCACCUCAAACAACCGGGCCACAGCCGGCAACAACGAGACCCACGUAUAAAUGCGGGUUAGACGAUCUUGCAGAGUAUCGACCCGCCCUUGCCAGGGGUCUGCGAAGUAUGUUAGAGUUUGAUGGAGACGUGGCAGAGACGUUCUGCCAUAAUUUUGUUGCAGAUGUUGAUCGGUAUGGCGAGGUUGUCACGGUCCCUCUCUGCCCCGGAGGCGAGAAUAAGCCGGUGACAAACGCGAACCGCCGAGAGUUUGUGGAUCUUUACGUGCAUUAUCAUCUAGAUACAGCGGUCACACGACAGUUCGAGCCGUUUCGGCGGGGAUUCUUUAGUGUUUGUGGCGGAAAUGCGCUGUCCUUAUUCCGCCCCGAGGAGAUUGAACUACUUGUGCGCGGAUCCGACGAGGCCCUGGACGUCAAGUCGCUCCGAGCGGUGGCCACGUACCUGAAUUGGGGGACCCCCAAGCCAGAGUCCGAACCUGUCGUGCAGUGGUUCUGGCAGUUUUUCGAGCGUACCACUCCUGACGCCCAGCGGAAACUUAUAUCAUUUAUCACAAGCAGCGAUCGAAUUCCUGCGAUGGGGGCGACGAGCCUGACGAUUCAAUUAAUGUGUCUUGGAGAUGACUCCCCGCGGUUCCCGACAGCCCAUACAUGCUUCAACCGGCUAGGGCUGUACCGGUACGCGACGCGGGAGAAAUUGGAGCGGCAGCUGUGGGAGGCGGUACUCAACAGCGAAGGGUUCGGGUUAAAGUAG